UUUAAACAGCAAAAUAUUUGUAAAAGCAUUUAUCCAGAUUCAAGAAGAAGGCUUGAGGUUUAACACUCCCAGUGAAGAGAACUUUUUUCCACCCUCCAUAUUUCUGUGAGUACCAGGAGGAAGUGGGAAUAUCUUCCCUGACCCCCCACCAUAGUUCCUCCCACUCUUCUGGCAGUGUUAAAGAAUUCACAAAUCAAUGGCAAAAAUAAUUUUUAAGAGGAUUCUAGCCAGACAAAGGCCACACUUGGCAGAGGCUCAGCUGAACCUGGUACUCAGAUGGAGAGGUUUCAUGAUGGGUGUCACGAAAAUGUGACUAUACAAAAGGAAAAUGUGUUGAUACCAAAGUUCACAUCCUUUGUUCUCCAUACCAUUGCCUCUCUAUAUGCAAGUGACAGCGUGAAUUUUGUAGGACGCUUUUUCACAUACAUUUGCUUUUCAUAUAAAUCGUAAUGAUUGACCAGAGACCCUUGCAAAUAGCCUGGGCAUGGACAAAGGAAAAUAAGAGCUGCCCCUUCUUAAGUCAGUGGCUUUCCCUCUUCUCCCUCCUGAGAGCAACCACCCACCCACCUGGUAUAUUUUCUUCUCUUCCACUCCCACUGCCUCUUCCUCUUUUCCUUUCCCUCCAGUGCUUCCCUCUUCUCCUCCCCUUUACCUCCUUCCUGUUAAAAAGUGUCUGGUGGUGGAGCCAGACAGAGCUGUAGUCAGAGCCCUGUGGGAUUUCUCAGGGGCAGGAUAACCUCAGGUACUGUGCCCAUGACAGAAAAGUUACCCUAGAGGCAGCCAGCUGCAUCCUGAACCUCCCAGAACUUCUACAUAAUAAUAGAAUGUUUCCUUCUUGCCAAGACAAUUCUAAGUAUUUUUAAAUUUAGUGCUGAGAACGGUGAUUUGCACAAAGUUUGUACCUUACAAGUAGAUACCGUUAUCCCCAUUUUAUCAAUGUAGGCUUAGAGAGGUCAAACAACUUGCCCAAUUUCAGAUAGCUAAUAUUCAAAUCAAGUGGUAUAUAUCCCACUGUACUCUGAGCUUCCCUGAUUGUAACAUUUUUAUGACUCUAUUUGUGGCAUUAUAAUUUAUGAAGGUCAUUGAUGAACUACAGUGUCCAAAUAUCCUGGCCCUCUGAGGAAGUUACUGAAAACCAUACUAUCUUUAUCACUCUCAUCAACAAUAAGCAUUUAUCAAGUGUACUCUCUAUGCCAAGUCUUAUGAUGUGUUUUAUAUAGAUUAUUCACAUGCUUGUAAAAUAGUACAAAAACUUUAUGAAACAGGUAACAUUAUAAUCACCCCAAUUUACAGAUAAGGAAAAUAAAUUAUGGAGAUAUUAAGUAAAUUGCCCAAGAAGGCCCAGCUAGUAAAUAAUAAAGGCAAGAUUUUAGAGCCAGCGCUUAUAGUCAUAUACUACACUAGAAACUUUAGUUACUUGCCUGAACAAGAAAGGAUGACAGGACACAUAGGAAGAUGGAGGUUGGGAGCAAAGAGAGAAAAUAGGAAUAUUCAGUUGACAAGGAAAUACCAGCUAGAGAGGAAAAACAAUUACAUUGCAAUGCUAUGACAGGGUUUUUCUCGGGAGGCAGAUUUCUGCACAAUGUGACAAAGGACUUUCCAGCAACUAUUUUUAACAACACCACAGACUGCCUCUCAAAACAGAGUGUGAAUAUUUUGACCUUGGAAAUUUUCAGAUGCUAAAGAAAUUUCCUAAAUUGAAGAGAACAUUGGAGCGUAUAUGACCUCUAAGCUAGUAUGUGACCUCUUAGAUGCUUUGGACGUAGAAGUUAGCUCAUUGAAACCAUCACAGCAGCCUGACAGAUGUAAUGAUAAAAUUUUAUAAGUGGCCAUACUGAAGCAUGAUGAGAACAAGUGGUUGAACCCAAGUAAAUGACUAAUCUAGUCAUUGAACUCAGCUCAGAAUCUAGUCUCUGCCAGCAUUUCUAGUCUUUGCCAGCAUUUCUUUCAUACUGCCUCUUAACAAAUUGCUGGCAAAGAAAAAAAAAAAAAAAGCUGGCCAAAAGCAGCCUGCAUUUGAAUUAAGGAGACAGUUGUUCUUGAAUUUAUUUUUUGUACUAGGAAGACACAUUUCUUCCUCUAUGCUUUAGAAGUACUGGAAUGGUGGUGUCCCAAUAAGGUGCCAUGUUCAGAGAGUGGUGAAAGCUAAAGCUGACCUUAUAAGACCUGGGAAAAAUUAGUACGCAUCCUGUCUGAGAGCAAUAAUAUCAUGCUGUGCAUACAGCAAAGUCAGGGAUUUCCUCUGGGAAGAGGCAGACAACUCCAAGAAACUCAAGAGGGAAAUCAGGGUGGCAUUUGUAGGAUACUGACCUCAUACAGACAGGGUCCUUUCAUGCAUAACUAUUAGCUUCAUUAUGUAACAGCCACCUAGAGUGUAGAAGAGCAAUAAGGUAUCAAAGCUCAAAUGCUUUCCUUAAAGUACCCGUUUAAAUAAGUCAUCAUGGGGGCUACCAUUUUUACAACAUUUCAUAGAUUACAAUGCAUGUUCAGGUUUGACAUCUCACUCAAGCCUUCUCAACAUUUUACAUUCAAAGGAAACUAUGUAUGUAAAGGCUUAUGAAGAUUUUUUCAUAUGUAAUAUCUCAUUUAUGUUCUAAAUGUUCUAUAGCACCUAUUUUGAGUGCAUCUAAGACUGUUGUUUUGUUUCUGUCAUUAGGCAACUAAGAAAUAUAGGACAAUUUUGCAUGGUGAAGGUAUAUUAGAAGAACAUAUGAAAAUAGUCUUCUUCUUAUUGCAAAAAAAGAGAAAUCAUUGUACACAGAAAGGAAUAAAAAUUAUUCAUGAUCCACCUGCCCAAAGCAACAAUGCUUAAAUAUUUGGUACAGUUACUUUCAAUAAAUAAAUAUAUUUGGAUUAUUUGGUAAAGAUUAUAGUGUGUAUACAGGGUUGUCUUCUUUAUCACAGAAAUUUUCUAUUUUAUUUAAUAUUCUUAGUAAACAUCAUUUUAAUGGCAUAGUAGAUUAUAUGAGUGGAGCAUAAUUUACUUAACUUAUUGUUAACAAAUCUCUUGCAUAUAGUAUAUGUAUUUUGUACCUAUUGCUGGUAUUCCUCUUCAUAAUUCCUAGAAGAAGGAUUACCACCCCAAAGAGCAUGAAUGCUAUUAGUGAUCUUGACACAUAUGGCCAAAGUGACUUUUAGAAAUGUGGUACCAAUUUCAGCUCUAAUGAGCAACAUCACCUUGCCUUUGCCAGCAUUGAAGAUUGUCACAAUAUUUUAAUUCACCAAUUUUAUAGAUUAAAAGAUAUUGUUGUUUUAAUUUUCACUUUGCAUGGUCACUUUACGCUGUCCACACAACUUAUUAAAGACACGCAUAAAAGAAAUCCCCAUAAAAGGCAGCUUAACUGGAUGUUUCCCUCCAAUGGCAAAGUAACUCCCAGUGGGCCAAGGUAAAUACUCAAGGGUGAGGGAAGCUUGGGUAUUGCAUACAAGAGCUGGCAGCACAGCAGCAGGGACUAAAGGAUGUCUGUUGUUUGUCAACUUGCCUCUCUUUCUUCCACUUUCAGUAUUUUUCAUUGCAUGAACAGUUGCCAAAUGCUUGCCGGGUUCCCUGCACGCCCGCAGCAAGCAUUCUCUCACAGCAUGGAUUCUCUGUUCAUGAAGCUCUCUCUGCAAAGAGUAAAACAAGAAUGGGUUGCAAGUAGAGAAACUGAGAGUACGUGAUGACCUGGAGGAUGCCCCACAGGCAACAUUUCCUUUUGAGGCAUUGAGUUUAGUCAUGUUACUCUUCAUAACAGAAAAUGGAAUUGUUUAGCUGUACAUUUGGGGCCUAGAGAAACAAGAAACAAGCUGGAGGUGUGAAAGAUAACAUUCUAAGAAUGACAGGUUUUCCUGGGAUUAGCUGCACUCCUUAGCAAAAGUAUAUUGGACAAUCAACUGAGAAAGUAACUGAGACAUUUGAAUCAUUUCUAGGUGUAAAGAAAGACCGGAGCCCAGGAAAAUAUUACGGUGACUUCCCAAGUAUGCCUGGCCACAAUACCUCCAGGAAUUCCUCUUGCGAUCCUAUAGUGACACCCCACUUAAUCAGCCUCUACUUCAUAGUGCUCAUUGGAGGGCUGGUGGGUGUCAUUUCCAUUCUUUUCCUCCUGGUGAAAAUGAACACCCGGUCAGUGACCACCAUGGUGGUCAUUAACUUGGUGGUGGUCCACAGUGUUUUUCUGCUGACAGUGCCAUUUCGCUUGACCUACCUCAUCAAGAAGACUUGGAUGUUUGGGCUGCCCUUCUGCAAAUUUGUGAGUGCCAUGCUGCACAUCCACAUGUACCUCACGUUCCUGUUCUAUGUGGUGAUCCUGGUCACCAGAUACCUCAUCUUCUUCAAGUGCAAAGACAAAGUGGAAUUCUACAGAAAACUGCAUGCUGUGGCUGCCAGUGCUGGCAUGUGGACGCUGGUGAUUGUCAUUGUGGUACCCCUGGUUGUCUCCCGGUAUGGAAUCCAUGAGGAAUACAAUGAGGAACACUGUUUUAAAUUUCACAAAGAGCUUGCUUACACAUAUGUGAAAGUCAUCAACUAUAUGAUAGUCAUUUUUGUCAUAGCCAUUGCUGUGAUUCUGUUGGUCUUCCAGGUCUUCAUCAUUAUGUUGAUGGUGCAGAAGCUACGCCACUCUUUACUAUCCCACCAGGAGUUCUGGGCUCAGCUGAAAAACCUAUUUUUUAUAGGGAUCAUCCUUGUUUGUUUCCUUCCCUACCAGUUCUUUAGGAUCUAUUACUUGCAUGUUGUGACGCACUCCAAUGCCUGUAACAGCAAGGUUGCAUUUUAUAACGAAAUCUUCUUGAGUGUAACAGCAAUUAGCUGCUAUGAUUUGCUUCUCUUUGUCUUUGGGGGAAGCCAUUGGUUUAAGCAAAAGAUAAUUGACUUAUGGAAUUGUGUUUUGUGCCGUUAGCCACAAACUACAGUAUUCAUAUUUGCUUACUUUAUAUUGGGAAUAAAAAUGGGUAUAGGGGAGGAAA